AUGGAAAGCUCCGUGAGAAGGGCUUAUACUAACAAUUUCUCCUACAAGCAGAUGCUCCGUGAGAAGGGCUACGGAUUUGGCAUUCUCAUCAAGACGGUCCGGACGGUGCCCAAGCCCACUGAAGCCAGUUACUCGAUGAAAGACCCUUUUGAGAACAACCGCGCGUCAACCACCAACGGCCGUUCAUUCCACUUCCACGUCCCCAAUCUUUCUCCUCCCGCUCGGCCGCUGUCACCCCGCCGCCCGCCGCAGCUCGUCGUCGCGGCCUCGCCGCGGAUUCCGCCUCUCAAUGCCCGCCGUCGUACGGCUUGGAUCGGGCCGCCGUCGCUCCACUCCGCCCGACCCCGUCCAGCCGCCGCCCCGCCACCCGCCGCAGCUCGCCGUCACGGCCCCGCCGCGGAUCCACCUCCGCGUCGCCCCCCGCCGCCGAUUCCGCCCCACAACGCCCGCCACCCGCCAUCGUACGGCUCGGAUCGAGCCGCCGCCGCUCCACUCCGCCCCGACCCCGUUCGGCAGCCCCGGCCACCGUCCAGCCACCGCCCCGCUCCACCCAUCGCCGCCGAUUCCUUCCCUUCAACACCCGCUGCCCGCUGUCGUACGGCUCGGAUCGGGCCGCCGUCACUCCGCUCCGCCCCGACCCCGUCCAGCCGCCGCCCCGUUUCACCCGUCGCCGCGCCGCUCCGCCCCGACCCCGUCCGGCCGGUGCCCCGCUCCGCCCCGACCCGCGCCGCCAACGCCGCCCUGACCCUGACCCGGCCCGCCCGCCCGCCGCCACCCAGUCCGCCUGCCGCCGCCAUGCCGUCCUGUGUUUUUGUCAUGGCGCCGAAGAAGACCCCGAAGGGCAGGUCCGGGUUCUUUGGCGUGAGGGUGAAGCCCUUCGGCAACUUCGGGGUGGAGUUCUCCGACGCCGGCCGCCGCUGGUGGCUCGGCACAUACCCCACCUCCCACGAGGCCGCAUGUGCAUCGGGCGUGGCGGUGUGGCGUGCCGUAAGGCCCAAGGAGCACCUCAACUUCCCGGAGAUCGAGAGCCAGGCGGAUGCGGAGAUGCUUGUGCCGCAGCAUCCAAAGUACGUCCAGGCCAAACUGAAGCACUGCUGGAAGCGCGACGUCGAGGCGAAGAAGAAGGGGGUGAAGAAGGAGGACAAGGCCGGCCCCUCGACGGUGAUCCCUAUCGAGUCGUCGUCAGAGGACCGAGGUGACUCGGACGAGGAGGACGAGGGGUGCGACGACCCGGACAAGGACGAGUUCUGGGAGCAGUUCCGCAGCUCCGACGAUGAGGAGUAG